AUGUCUCGAUUUCUCAUGCCCUCGGAUCUUGGCCUUCUGGUCCUUGUCGAGCUCUACACAGAAGGAGCUGUGCCCAGCGACGGCAUCAUCCCCGUCCUGUCCUUUUUGGCCUCGCACACCGGCACCGACGUAAACAAAAACAUACCAGGCCCCCACGGGCUCUGGCAGAAGGCACAAGAUGACAUCGAUCUUGCCAGGUCCAUCAAGACCUUCGAGUCUAUGCUUCUCCCUUUCUCUGCUGCCGUUGGUCUACCUGGCCGCCGACUCUGGGAUCUUUUUCUCUCCAAGCUUUGGGCCAUCGAUUCGUUAGACGCCCUACAUGAGUUCUUUGACAGCCGGUCAUCCCUGCUUGCAACUAAAGAAGACAUCCAGCAAAUGGUCGACCCUGAGCAGGGCGCCCAAACGAGCACGGUGCCUCUGUUACCCAACUCUCCUCUAGCACUCUUCGUCCGAAGAGCGCAGUUGGAAUUCAGCAGGCUGCAGUUUUCUGAUGCUUCGAAUCUGUGGAAGGACCUGAUCGUAUACCGACAAUCAACUGCCUCGGCUUGGAUGAGACGGAACCCUUCCUCAAGCCCUGUCCGAUUUGACAAAGUUCUCGACAUCUGUGAGCAGGAUUGGGGCUUAGGCGCCGCAUCUAUCGAGUCUAUAGCCUACGGAGAUCUGAACUCCUCUCACGUUCCUGUCAGUACUCACUUUUUGGAUCGCUUGAUCGAGUUUCAAGUGGCUCAGAUGCAGAGAUACGGCCUUCGAGUCCCUGUACGAAUCCAACGGCAGUUUUAUGAUCUCCUGGAUGCAAGUCGCACAAACCCCAAACUAGGGCAUUAUCUCAGAUUUCUGGAGGCAUGGAAGUCAGGAGACUAUCCCACAUCGUUCGAUUACCUUCAUCGGUAUUUUGACUACACCAUGCAGAACAGUGAUAGAGAGCAUUAUCAUUAUGCAUUGCUGAACCUCGCCGUCCUCCAAGCAGACUUUGGGUGCUAUAAGGAUGCUGUUUCCACUAUGCUGGAGACAAUUGCGACUGCCCGAGAGAAACGGGAUCAGAACUGUCUCAACUUUGCCCUUAAUUUCUUCUACAACUUCGGCCUCCAGCAUCCACACCUGGUGGAAGACCUAGAAGCAAGCAGCAUGAGUGCCACCGGUCGGGAAACACUCGCCUUCCUCCGCGUCAAAGCCAAGGAAACGGGAAUGUGGUCGACAUGGAGCUCGGCUCUGCUGAGCGAGGCUAAACAGGGUCUAUUGAGUGGCGAUAGUGUCGCCACUGCACUCGAAAAUGUAGCACGCAGCUCGCACCUCCUAGUCGAACGGAACCUGGUCAACAUGGUUGGCUCCCAUAUGUCGCUCAACGUCGCCAUUUGGGACAGGGUCGGCGUUGCCUUCCUGUCCAAAAUGACGCUGGCAAGUAUCCUGUCGAUCAAGGGAAAGUACAAUGAAGGGAUGCAACUACUUGAGAAUAUCAAUGAGGACUCUCUGCGGACAUGGAAAGCGAAGAAGUACUGGCAAAAGCUGCGCGCUCUUGUCAAGCUGCGAAGGGACCUCCAUCGCAACGACCUAGACGGGGCUGAAUACCUGCUCUCGCAGAUCAUGCAAUCCAAGCCAGAUGACCUCGAAUCUGAUCUCGUCUUUGUUGUCGACUCGCUGCAUUAUGAGCUGCUCACCCGGCAUGGCGACCUCCAGGCAGCCUUCACCAAAGUAGAGCAGCUCAUCUCUGACAGCCAUAGCCAGGACAAGGACGUCGGUGUUCGGACACGUCUACUGCUCAUGAAAGCGCAGCUGUUCCAAAAGGCCGGGAGCCCUCAGCGUGGCUUCUCCGUCGCCAUGCGCGCUGCUAAUCUUGCAUGGAAAGCACGACUCCUGAACCUGCUGUGGCAAUGCAUCGGCACCAUCGCGGACGUGCUCAUUUCGCUAGACGAGUUCGAGGCCGCAGAGAAGCUGCUCCUGGUCGUCAUACCACGGUGCCUCGAGUGCGAGGGGUCUUACAUGGUUGCGACCAUGUACUCCAGCCUUGCGGAUGCAUACGUAGGCACCGCAGGCAAGAUGGGGCCGGCGCCUGGCUCUGGCUCUGGUCCCUCGAAGAGAAGGACGGAAUAUCUGACCAAAGCCAUGGGAGCACUUAGGAGGGCAUUCGAUUUCUAUGCGGCUAUAGAGGAUCUGCAGAAGAAGCUGGAGGUGACGGCCAAGAUGUCGACGAUAAUGAGGGCAAUGGGGGAUGUGAAGGUUUCCAAUGAUUUGGCGGCCAAAUACCUCGAGUUGACGUCGAAGGGCUGA